AUGAUGCGGAAUUCGACGGAGCAGUUUUCGCGAAUCGAGACUACAUGUGGAUUGUUGCUUCGCCAAUUGCAGGAAAUAUGGAAUGAAAUGGGAGAGACUGAGGAUGAAAAAGACGCUGCUUUGGCUGAUAUUGAGAAGGAGUGUCUCUCGGUUUAUAAGCGGAAAGUCGACGAGGCUACUAGGUGUAAAGCGAAUUUGCUGAAAGAAAUCGCCAUCGGAAGAGCGGAAAUUGCAGCCAUUGGAUCUUCUAUGGGUGGACAAGAAAUUCACUCUAACAGUAGAGUGGGAGAAAACUUGAAGGAGGAGCUUGAGAACGUUAAUGUGCAGUUAGAGGCACUGCAGAAAAAGAAAUCCGAGAGAAUGAAUCGGUUUAAGGAAGUGAUUGAUCAGCUACUGAAGUUGUCAUUUCAACUUGGAAACCCAACGGAUUAUCUGAAGAAGUUUGCUGCACAAGAGACAGAUCUUUCGCUUCAGAAGCUGGAGGAAUUGCGUAGGCAAUUGACUGAACUCCAGAAUGAAAAGGGUAAAAGAUUGGAAGAGGUGGAACGUUUGCUGGAAACGUUGAGCUUGUUGUGCUCAGUGCUUGGGGAAGAUUUCAUGGACAUGAGCAGAGGGAUACAUCCAUCUCUGGUUGAUUCCAACACAAGAGAUGUGAGCAGAAGUACACUUGAUAAGUUGGAUAUGAUGAUUGGGAAUUUAAGAGAGGUCAAGUUGCAGCGAAUGCAGAAGGUUCAAGAUCUUGCAGUCUACUUGUUGGAGCUAUGGAAUCUGUUGGACACGCCUGUGGAAGAGCAAAACAUAUUUCAAAAUGUCACCUGCAGCAUCGCUUUGUCUGAGUCUGAAAUCACCGAGGCCAACAUACUCUCUGUUGCCUCCAUGAAACGCGUUGAGGAUGAAGUCAUUAGGCUUAGCAAGCUCAAAACAACUAAGAUCAAAGAGGUGAUACUUAGAAAGAAGCUCGAGCUUGAGGAAAUAUCAAGGAAGGUGCACAUGGCCCCUCAAGUUCUUAAAUCAGAAAACUUUUCAGUUGAAGCAAUAGAAUCUGGUGUCAAGGAUCCUGAACAGUUGUUAGAGCAGAUUGAUACCGAGAUUGCAAUGGUCAAAGAGGAAGCUUCAAGCAGGAAAGAGAUUCUAGAAAAGGUGGAGAAAUGGAUGUUAGCAUGUGAAGAAGAGUCCUGGCUCGAAGAGUACAAUCGGGAUGAUAAUAGGUACAAUGCGGGAAGAGGAGCUCAUCUUACAUUGAAACGUGCGGAGAAAGCCCGUAUACUUGUCAAUAAACUUCCUGGGAUGGUGGAGGCUUUGACCGCUAAAGUCACUGCUUGGGAGGAUGAGAGAGGAAAUGAGUUCUUAUAUGAUGGUGUUCGAGUUUUAUCGAUGCUUGAGCAGUACAAGGCUUUAUGGGAAGAGAAAGAGUUUGAGAAACAGAAGCAAAGAGAUCUGAAGAAACUCCAUGGACAACUCAUAACAGAGCAAGAAGCACUAUACGGGUCAAAACCAAGCCCAAGUAAAAGCGGAAAGAAACCACUGAGAGCUCCAGUCACUGCUGCCAUGAACAGAAAACUCUCCCUUGGUGGUGCCAUGCUUCAAAGCUCCAAGCCUGAGAAGGCUAGCAAAAAGACUAAUUACUACGACCAGAACGCUAUUAGUAGAAGAGAUUCAGCUCUUCCAACUCUUUCAGGAAGGAGAAACUCAGAGCUUCCUGGUCGUCUCAGAGCAAAGAACAUUCCGGCUGCAGGCAAAGCUGUGGCGAGCAAAGGGAGAUCUCCAAUGCUUAGGAAGCCUCUUUCACCGGUUACUUCCAACAUCUUGAAUUCCCCUGAAGAUCACAAGGAUGCUUACACAACAAAGUCGUCUUCUUUAGAGGAGAGAAUCUUGACACCUAAAACCAACGAAGAGAAGAGAAAAACGGCCGUUCCGAUCUAUGUACCUACGACUCCGGCAAGUUCAGUCGCCAUGACGGAGGCAACAACGCCGUUCACGCCAUCGUUACCGGCGGUGGAGAAAAGGAUGGAUGAAGAAAACGUGGUUGAGUACUCGUUCGAAGAGUUGAGGGCCGGUUUCUGCUAA